AUGCGCUAUCGUCCCAUGAUAACCUAUGCCGUAGGCAACCCACGUGCUAACCAUGGACCGAGUAAACAGAAAUCAACAUCUUCGUAUUCAGAUCAUAUCAUCCUCCGAUCUUGGCGCAGAGCACGUCGUCCCGAUCUCACAGCUCCGUCCGGCACACAUUUAGUUGAGAUUUGCGAGAAGCUAUUGGAACGGCCGCGAGAAAGUGCAAAACGAUUCCUUCGUCUGCGGACUUUUGCUAGUCAAAUAGUCGAAGCAAACAACACAAUGUCACUCAGUGUUCCGAGGCCGGGUCGAUCCCGGCCGCAUUCAGAGAUCUUUGUUGGUGCGGAUGAGGAGCGAGUCGCUCAGUUUAUGGCUGCCCAGAUGCGGGAUAGCGAUUCCAGCAACAUCUCACUUAACGGGGGAGGCUCUCGUCCCAGAUCUCGGGGUCGAUCAAAUAGCGAUGACUCGAAUAUUAUGAGUAACGGCGCGAUGCCGACGUUGCGCAAUGAGCGAGUGGUUGCUACGGGAAAUGGGAUUACUGUUAGUGUUGCUUUGGCCGAGCCUUUGGUGUUUUUGCCGGGCUAUGAUCAUAGUGAUCCAAGUACGAAGAGGUCGGCCAUUUUGAGAGGGCAUUUGCAUAUCAAGACGACGAAGUCGGUCAAAGUGAAGAAGGUUUCGAUAUGUUUUCGUGGGCAGGCGCAGACAGAUUGGCCGGAUGGUAUCCCUCCUAAGAAAAUUUAUUUUCACGACAAGAAAGACAUUAUAACAUCGGGAAUGAUUUACUUCAACCAAGGAGAAACCUCCAUUGUCCAGAAUCCGUACGGCGCUCAUUACUACAAAAUCACAAAUACGAUACCAUUAUCAGCUACAAAAGAACCCAAGAUAUACAGCGUGACUACGACGACAAGAGAAUUGUUGAAGAACGGCUCUACAAUGACCGUGAACAGAGAGACUGCCAGAGACCUGAAACGAUUAUCUUUGCAGUCGAAUCAUUCACGCAGUUUCAGCAAGAACGAAACCUCCAGCAGCAAUCAAUCUCAAGCUGUACGAAACUAUCGACUCUUCCCUCCUGGCGAUUAUCUAUAUGCAUUCGAGUUUCCCAUCGACGGAUCAAUGCCAGAAACGAUCAAGAGUGAACUCGGUUUUGUGCGGUACGACCUCGAAGCCAUCGUCGAACGAUCUGGCGCUUUUCGUCCCAAUCUACUCGGCAGCACAGAAAUUGAGGUGGUACGAACCCCAGCCGAGGGAUCCUUGGAGCAGGUCGAGCCUAUUGCCAUAUCCAGAAACUGGGAGGAUCAGCUUCACUAUGACAUUGUCAUUUCAGGAAAAUCGUUUCCCCUGGGAGCACAAGUCCCAAUUGCGUUCAAAUUGACACCCCUCGCCAAGGUCGAGUGUCAUCGAAUCAAAGUCUAUGUGACGGAAAAUAUUCAACACUGGACGCAGGACAAGUUUGUGCAUCGAUUACAACCGCCGAAAAAGGUGCUGUUGUUUGAGAAACGGGCCGAUUUACCCAGUGUCAGCACGUAUCCUGGAAGCAGCAUGAGAGUCACCGCUGGCGGUGGUGUGCCAUGGGAUCAACGAGAAGCAGCUGCUCGAGGGGAGGAACAGGUCAAUCGAGGUGUUUCUAGCUUGUUGGGAAAUCUGUCGAAUGAUGUAGGAGUUGGACCUACUGAGAUGGAGUUUAGUGUGCAAUUGCCGAGUUGUCAUACAAUGAAGGGGAAAGAUGAGGCGCAUCGGUUGCAUUUUGAUACAACAUAUGAUAAUAUUCAGAUAAAUCAUUGGAUCAAGAUCGUAAUGCGUCUGUCAAAAGUCGACGAAAAAGAUCCGAAUAAACGGCGGCAUUUCGAGAUUUCUAUUGAUUCUCCCUUCCACAUUCUCUCUUGCAAAGCGACACAAGGAAACAUCUUCCUUCCAGCAUACAGCGACCCAUCUUCAGACCCAGCAAUCAUCCAGGACGAAUACUCCUGUGGCUGCCCCGGAGCACCAAUGACUCGACGAAGCACACCAACCAGUCGCAUCAACUCCUCAACUUCAUUAGAUCAAAUCAGCAACACUAGUAUCGACUCCAACGGCGCAAACCAAAUCCGUGGCCUCCCUCGCAGCUUCACCAGCGGCUCAGGCGGCCUCUCCCGCCCAGAAGCAGCGCACAUAGCCCACGAAGCCCCCAACGAACGCGAUGCGCGACCCAUACAUCUCUUGCGCGCACCCUCCUUCGCACCUCCGGCAUUCGAAGAACUCGAACCACCGCCACCACUCAUCACUCCUCCCCCAGAGUACGCAAGUAUCGUGGGAAACAACGACCGGGAAACCGUCUUGACGGAUUACUUUAACCGUCUAUCCUACUUCGAGGAACAGGAUGAUGAGGAGAGGGGUCUGGGAAGGGUGGAUGUUCCGCUUACGCCGGGGGGACGGGUGCAUCGUAGUAUGGAUGUGCCGAGGGAGUGGGUGAGGUUGGGAGAUGCUACUGUUCAGUAA